AAUUUUAAAUUUCUAUAACCCGGUGUUAAUAAAAAAAAAAUAAAAAUUAGUGCUAAUAUCUUAUUAUACCUGAUUUUAUUUCUGGUAUUUUACUUUUUUACAAAACUAAUGAAAUAUCAAAACCAACAACAGCGCCAAUUAAUCAACAUGUCACAACGUCGCUCAGCAUCACCAAUUGUAUUUAUUUUACUUUUCGUUUUUAUUUUCGAUUCUCGGAUGUUGGUAAAAAGCCAGCCGUUUUACCAAGGGGCCAACGAGCUCAUGCCACUGUCUUACCCGAACCAAAAAGAUACCCUGCGAGAUAACCCAAUCGAAAAUUGUUUCAAACCGGACGACUUCUGCAACUACGGACCCAAAGGUUGCUGCUCAGGAGGACCCUGCAGGUGCAAUCUUUGGGGUUACAACUGUAGGUGCUCAUUCGAUGAGAAUGUGCCGGUGUCAUAUGAUGAGGAAAAACCCGCAGUUGCGAACGCGAAUGUACCAAUGCACAAUGAUCCCACUGAAAAGAGAUCCUCGCAAGCCAAAGUCUACCAGCGAAGCUGCAUUAAGCGUGGUGGCGCCUGUGAUCACCGGCCGCAUGACUGCUGUUACAGCAGCUCGUGUCGCUGUAAUCUGUGGGGGUCAAACUGUAGAUGCCAAAGAAUGGGACUAUUCCAGAAAUGGGGCUAAGCGUCCAACACCAUUUUUACUUAAAUUUUUAAAUAUUUUUAGUCAUUUUAAGAAAAAAUUAUUUUUUGUUUUUUAGUAAAAAAAAAAAAAAAAAAAACAAAACAAA